UUUAAAAAGUAUGAUAUCAUGUCAGAAGAUUACAAAUUGAUUAGGAGCUAUGAUAAAUAUGGAAAAGACAUUGAUGACAAUUGCCCUAUGACUGGAGAUGAAACUGACACAGAUUGUAAUGCAUUUCUUGAUGUUCAGGUUUUUCCAAAAAACCAUAAAUUAAAAGACACAAAUGAAAAUGAUCAUAAAUUGAAUGACGAGGAAAUAAUACAUAAUAAUAUUGAAUUUAACAGUGGGAAAAUCGGUAUAUUAACAAGUAAUAAAGAUGUUGAAGAGGCCUUAUCAUCAGAUCAACAUUAUUUUAGUGAUGAAGAGAGUUCUAUUGCUGGAAGUUAUGACGACAUGGAAAAAUCUGAGUUCGAUGAAGAGGACCAUUCAUUUAACCAAGUAUCUGCAAAAAAUUGUGAGGAGGUAUCUCAGCAACAAGUUCUUGAACAACAUCUUGAUCAGUUAGGAGAAAUAGUGCUUCAACGAGAGUAUAUGGCUCAAAAAUGCAGAGCUGAUUUACAAAUUCAAAAAGACCAUCUUAAAAUGUUGAAAGUUGAGAUGAAGAAUUUAAAGCUUUUUAUAAAAGAAACAAGUAGUGAUGAUAUACCAAUAUUGAAUAAGUUGAAAAAUGAAAUGGAUUUAUUAACCUUACAAAUAAAAAAAGAAGAAGAUAAUGAAAAAGAACUUCAGCAAAGAGUUAAAGAUGCCGAGUUUUUUAUAGCGCAAUCAUAUAUUGAGCAUGGCAAAUUUUUAUCUUAUGAUAAAGACAUCAGCCUUGACCAAGGGAAGCUUGGAAUUUUGAAGAUUGAAAAAGCUAACAGUAGGUUGAAGAAAGAAAUGACCUACGCUGUUAAUGUUGAUAAAAAGAGGAAAGCAAGGGAAAAAGAGCACAUUUCAGCUUCCAGAGAAAGAGAAAGAAAAAACCGUCAAGCUAUUAUCUCUGCAAAAAAAAAUAGAGAAGUUGCCAUGAAGUAUUUAAAGGAAACAAUGUCAAGGGUAAGACAGAAAGAUGUUGAAGAGGAAAAUAAAAGUCGGAAAGAUUUGGAUCGUAGAGUCAAUAUUUUGCUCAACUUAAAAAGAAACAUUCAGUUAAGUAAAGAAAACGAUAGUAUACUUUUAAUGCAAAAUAGAAAAAAAAAAGAAGAGAGUUCCUUAAUUUUAGAACGUAAAAAACCAUUCGAAAAAAGUCCCGAUGAUGUUUUGGUUAAGAAAAAUAACAAGUCAACAUUUGAAAGAAAGCAGAGAGAAAAAGAGAUUCAGGUGGCAAAUAAGUUUUCUGAUGAAAAACAUAUAACUCGACACAAAAUGCAACAGCGUGUAUCUCGCAGGCGCCUAAAACCUAGAGGCCUUCCGUCUAGUGGAAGUGAGUCAGUGGAAUAUGGUGCAGAUGUUGAAGAUACUAUUACCAGGCCUUCUCUACAAUGCAGAGUUUCAACAGAUGAAGAUGCAGAAUUUUCUCCUUUUGGUCUUUCUACAAGAGAUGAGGACGGAAUUAAUUCAAGUGUAAUUGAAGAUACAGAUGUUGUUGUUGAAAAUGAAGAUACACUUGCUGAACCUGAUUUUGAAGGGUUGUGGAACUAUGAAUUACCUGAGGAACUAUUGCAAACUUCUGUUUCUGGUGAGGAAUUGACCAAGGAAGAUGCUUUGACAACUAGGGAGUCUGGAUUUCACUUUAAACCUGAUGUUUUAAUAUUCAGUGAUUUUGAAGUUGGAAAAUCAUAUAGUAAAAAGGUUUUACUUACAAAUAUAUCAUAUACAAAAAACUAUUGUCAGUUUGUUGGAGUUAGUGAAACACUGAUUGAUUUUAUUGAAGUCAAAUUUAUCCCGGUAGGUCCAAUGUCACCAGGUUUAACUUGUGAUCUGACUGUCACUUUUAAUCCUAUGAUAAAUGAGUGUUUGGAUGGCUUCAUUGAAAUGAAAUCCAGCUCAAGCAUUUUUAAGAUUUUUGUAAAAUGUUUUAUAAAGUGUUUCAAGCCAUACGUGACACAUAGCAAAAUUGAAUUUAAAAAUGUUAUUGUUGGAGAAGUGCAAAAAAAGUCAAUAACCCUAAAAAACCAAGGCGCUUUACCAGCAGAGUAUCAGUUUUUCAAUGUUAAUAAAGAGGAGAAGAGCUGUUUUAUAACCGGAAAAAAUUAUAAUGGAGUUCUUCAAGCUUUUGGAUCUGUUCAGUUGGAAAUAGCAUUUUCACCAAAAUUUACCGGAGUAAUGGAGACUGAUUACAAAAUUAUAUUUUUAAAUGAAACCUUUGAUCCUAUAGUAAUCCAUGUUAGUGGUUUAGCUGUUGAUUUUCCAUUAUUUGUAGAAAAGGAGAUAAUUAAUCUUCGUAUAUGCAUGUUUGAUCGACUUUACCAAGAUUCUGUUAUCAUCAACAAUAGAGCUUCAACAACAUUUCGAUUACGAUUUGAGAUUCCAAAAGAGCUUCAUGAUCAUUUAGAUAUUCUACCGAAAACAGCUUUUAUUCAGCCAGAAUCGCAACUUUCAGUUCAGUUAAAAUUUUUACCUAGAAAGUCAAUUUUAACUGAUGCAAGUAUGUUUUUAAAAAAAGAUGUAUAUGAAAUUCCAAUUAUUAUCAGGAUAGCUAAUCAGGUUCAAUACAUUACAUUCUUGCUUCAAAGUGUUAUAACCUCUUCUGAUAUUGAAUUCAACACAAAAGAAAUUGAUUUUGGUUUCUGCACUAUUUAUGAACGAGUCAGUCAUCCAGUAAAACUAAUUAAUACAUCUAUCCUUGCUCAAGAAUAUGGUUUUGUUGGAGUUCCUGAGGCUAUUGAAAUUCAGCCAAAUGAUGGUUUUGGAACAGUUCUUCCAAAUGAAUUACUGGAUAUCAUUUUGUUCUUUAAUCCAAAAAAAGCAGAGGAAUACAAUUUUGAACUUGUUUGCAAGUCUCAUAUUGGGAGAAAAUUUUACUUACGCUGUAAAGGUGUGGGUGUUUUGCCGCCGCUUGUUCUUUCUGAACAGAUAAUAAAGUUUAAACCAACUGCAGUUAUGGACAGUUCUUCAACUCAUGUUUUAAUAACCAAUCAUCAUGAAAACAAUAAUCAAAGUUUUAUUCCACGAAUUGGAAACGGUAUUCCAUUUCCUGUUGGUUUUACAAUGUUUGAAUUUGUUCCCCCACCAAAUUGUCCACUUGAAAUAUCUCCAACUUGUGGGCGUAUUUCCCCUGGUCAGCACUGUGUAGUUCAUAUAACCUUUGCCCCAAAGCUGAAUAAAGAUGAAAUUGAGAAGAAAAUUCUGGACUUACUCAAAGAAGAAGCCACAAUCCUUGAGAAACAAAAUUUGACUGAAAUUUCUCAACUAGAAAACAUCGUGAAAGAAAAAAAAGGAAAAAGUACAACUCCAAAAGAAAAGAAAAGCGAUUCAAAAGAACAAAAAAAAUCUUUGUCAGCAAAUACUUCUAGCAAACCUAUUUCCGAUCGCAGAUUAUUCGAGAAGAAUGCAGAAAGUUUGCUCCAAAAAACAUUUGAGGGUUCAUUUUCAAUCUAUAAAAUACCAUGUUUCAUUGCACCUGAUAACUGUGAAAAAGAAAACCACAAACUAUACAAACACUACACCUUGUUUCUUGAAGUACAUUGUCCAUCAAUCAGGCCUGCAUUUUUGGCUUUUUCAGCUGAACAUGAUAAUAUUGUUAAUUUUGGUAAAGUUUUGAUAGGCAGGAGAUACAUACAAACUGUUACUAUAGAAAAUUUAACAGAAAACUCGUUAUUUCUUUCUUCUUCUUGCCUUGAUCCCAAUGGUUCCUUUGAACUUGUAAGUAGCUUUAAAGAAAUAAAACCAUAUGGAUUUGGCUUUGUUAAACUUGUAUUUUCUCCUACAACAAACAAACAUUUUUACGAUGUCCUUGAAAUUUUCUGUGAUAUUUCAAAAACACGACUAUAUCUAAAAGGGCAGGGAGUUUCUCCUUGCAUUGUUCUUGAUCCACCCGGGCCAAUAUUCAAUUUUGGUGAUGUACUUGUCAUGGAUACUGUAAAAGUACCUCUCAAGAUUAAUAAUAGAUGUGAAGUAUCAGUUAAUUUUGAUUUAAAUUUACAUAGUGUGACAAACUCUUGCUCUAGUCAAACUGUUUUAACUAAUAAAUCAGAAAUGUUAGUUGGUCCUUCGAAUUAUUCAGGGAUUUGUGUGUUUAGUUGCUCACCAAUUAAUGGAGUAAUAAAACCAGGGGAAUCAAAAGAAAUAAUGUUAACUUUUUCUCCUGAUCAUGCUAGUGAUCUUUUUUGUGAUACUCUAAAGAUCAACAAUGAAAAUAAUGAACUUUGUUCAGUGAAACUGUGUGGGCGUGCUUGGGAUAGUAGUGUAUACUCUGCUGGAUGGGACGUAUUGACCACAGAAAAAUCUUUUUAUGAUUCUCUAACAAUUGUUGGUUCUAUCUCAAAAACAUUACUACUCAGCUUUCAUUGCAGCAUGAAUCAUGCAACUUCAGAAAGGGUUGUGCAGUUAGGUUACUUAAAACCUAGUUUUCAAGCUUUUAAAAAGGUUUGUGAAUAUGCCUUUGAGUCUUUGCAAGAAAGUUAUGAGAAAGGAAUUUCAAUUGAUUUUACUAAGGGAACUAUUGAGGCAGGUGGACAAAAAAAUGUUACUUUCAAAUGGCAACCAACAAAUUUCAAUGCUGACAUACCGAUGCAAUGCGAUUUACAACUUACGAUGAAAUGCGAAGAAACGUUUGUUUACAAGAUUUUAAUUCGCGGUUAUAUCGAAUAGCGAGGUGAAGUUAAAGUUGUAUUAAGUAGCUUCAAAUAACGAUGUUCAGAUUAUACAUCCAAAGGUGGUAUGUAACAAGAUGAAAUCUUCGCGGACUAAACUUGUCGAUUUUACGUUUUUUUUAAUAAAGUUUUUUAAACUAAAAUGUCAGAGGAAAAUACAUGACGAGUCUCAAUUUUGUAAGCUUACAUAUUGUUGUUGCGAUUAAAAGGAGUUUUUAGCCCUAUUUUGAGAAGUACGUGGUUGAUAGUGAAAUUGUCGAUAAGACUUGAUGUUAUAAAGUUACUGUUAUUUAUUUUUUCUGCAUGUUUGAAAAAAAUUUUUGUAAAUAUUUUCUAUAUUUCCAAUGUUAAUGUUGAAUUUAAAUGAUAUAUUGUAAGCUGAGAACAAAGAGGCUGUAUGUCCACAUUUAAAUGAUAGAUGUUUUUUAAAAAAAUUUUAUAUAAUAAAUAUCAUUCUGCGUAAAA